GCCCGGGCCCCUCUCCCCGUGAACCGGAUGCUCUGUCAGUUUCCUCCUCCGCGUCCUCGGCCGCUGCACGGGUCCCCGGCGAAGCCGCAGGCACCCCGGAGGGCACAGGCGGGAGGCCCCCGGCGGCUGGCGGGGCCGCUGUCGGGCGCCGGUCGGAGCUGGGCGCGCACGGUUACCGAGCGUGGAGGAGACCCCCCGCGGCGAUGGGUGCCAGGGGCGCUCCUUCACGCCGCAGGCCGGCGGGGCGGCGGCUGUGGCACCUGCCCACCGGGAGCUUCCCCUUCCUCCUCCUCCUGCUGCUCCUGUGCAUCCAGCUCGGGGGAGGACAGAAGAAAAAAGAGAAUCUGUUAGCCGAAAAAGUAGAACAGUUGAUGGAAUGGAGUUCCAGGCGCUCAAUCUUCCGAAUGAAUGGCGACAAAUUCCGAAAAUUUAUAAAGGCACCGCCUCGAAACUAUUCUAUGAUUGUUAUGUUCACGGCUCUUCAGCCUCAGCGGCAGUGUUCUGUGUGCAGGCAAGCUAAUGAAGAAUAUCAAAUCCUGGCUAAUUCCUGGCGCUAUUCAUCUGCUUUCUGUAACAAACUCUUCUUCAGUAUGGUGGACUAUGAUGAGGGGACGGAUGUUUUUCAACAGCUCAACAUGAACUCUGCUCCUACAUUCAUGCAUUUCCCUCCAAAGGGCAGACCCAAGAGAGCUGAUACUUUUGACCUUCAAAGAAUUGGAUUUGCAGCUGAACAGCUCGCAAAGUGGAUUGCUGACAGAACGGAUGUUCAUAUUCGAGUCUUCAGACCACCCAACUACUCUGGCACCAUCGCUUUGGCCCUGUUAGUGUCGCUUGUUGGUGGUUUGCUCUAUUUAAGAAGGAACAACUUGGAGUUCAUCUAUAACAAGACUGGUUGGGCCAUGGUAUCUCUGUGUAUAGUCUUUGCUAUGACUUCUGGUCAGAUGUGGAAUCAUAUCCGUGGACCUCCCUAUGCUCAUAAGAACCCACACAAUGGACAAGUGAGCUACAUUCAUGGAAGCAGCCAGGCCCAGUUCGUGGCUGAGUCCCACAUUAUUCUGGUACUGAAUGCUGCUAUCACCAUGGGGAUGGUUCUUCUAAAUGAAGCGGCAACAUCCAAAGGAGAUGUUGGAAAAAGACGAAUCAUUUGCCUGGUGGGAUUGGGCCUGGUGGUCUUCUUCUUCAGCUUCCUUCUUUCAAUAUUUCGUUCCAAGUACCACGGCUAUCCUUACAGCUUUUUAAUUAAAUGAAGCCAAAUGGGAUUUCCAUAAAGUGAAAGUUUACCAUGAAGAUGAAGUGAUCCUGACACUCUACUUUGAAUUCUUCAGUACAUUUCCAUGUUGAUUGUGAUAAUGUAGCUUAUUCUUGUGAAAUUUUAUAAAUGUGAGAUUUCCCAGUGAAUUUAAUUUAUAGAAAUGUGUGGUUAAAUUUAAUAUUAGCACUGGAAAGAACAAAGUAAACACUGACGUGUUUUUCAAGCAUAUCAUCAUAUUCAGUGUGUGCUCCAGGACUGAAAUAAAUGACAAUGUGUCAA